AUGGGGCAGACGCAUUCCAAAGGCAACGCUGGCUCAGGCGACCCGCUCUCGUCGUACCCGUCCUUUUCGAAAUCCGAUACCAAAGAAUCCAUUCGUUCCUUUCGAGGCUCCAUCCGCUCGAAGAUCCCUGGUGCGCGGCCCAGCACCGACAGCCCCCGAGCCUCUUCCACUGCCCUCUCGCGAACUGAAAGCGCCAAUGAUAAAUCCGAUGCUGGAUCGAUCAAAUCCACAAACAGCCGCCCAGGCUCCACCGCCGGCGCAUCAUCAGCCCCAGGAUCUGAAGGCCCCUCUCGAAGUGGCUCUCCGGAGCCUCCACCAUCUCCCUCCUUGUCACAAAGUUUGCAACGCGGCCAUAAGGAUGUGAAUGCCAUGCAGCAGAGUGGCGAGGUGGACCACGUGUCAGAGGGCCCGCCCAAAGGCGGCGCACCCGCCCCAGGGACAGCUGUUGUGGGCGAAUCUAUCUUGCUCAAGCGUGAAAAUCAAGUCAACCCCAUCCUCGACUUUAUCUUGAAUCCUCCAGUGGAACACUCUGGCUCUCCGGGUAUGGGCAUGGGCGCAUUGAAGUCCAUUGACUUGGAUGACAUGAUUUCGCGUCUUUUGGAUGCCGGGUAUUCUACAAAAGUCACCAAGACUGUUUGCCUGAAGAACGCCGAAAUCACCGCCAUCUGUUCCGCGGCCCGCGAGCUUUUCUUGUCACAGCCUGCCCUCUUGGAAUUAUCUGCACCGGUCAAGAUUGUCGGUGAUGUCCACGGCCAGUACACCGAUCUAAUCCGUCUGUUUGAGAUGUGUGGAUUCCCGCCAGCCUCGAACUAUCUCUUCUUGGGUGACUAUGUCGACCGGGGGAAGCAAAGUCUGGAGACAAUUCUUCUGCUCCUGUGCUACAAGCUCAAGUACCCAGAGAACUUUUUCCUGCUUCGAGGUAAUCACGAGUGUGCUAACGUCACUCGGGUGUAUGGGUUCUACGAUGAGUGUAAGCGACGAUGCAACAUCAAGAUCUGGAAGGGAUUCAUAGAUACAUUCAACUGCCUUCCUAUUGCUUCUAUCGUUGCUGGGAAGAUCUUCUGUGUUCACGGUGGUCUGUCCCCUAGUCUGUCGCACAUGGACGAUAUCCGAGGUAUUGCGCGACCUACCGAUGUGCCUGACUAUGGACUUCUCAACGAUCUUCUCUGGAGUGAUCCAGCGGACAUGGAGGAAGAUUGGGAGCCCAACGAGCGCGGUGUGAGCUACUGCUUUGGCAAGAAGGUGAUCAUGAAUUUCUUACAACGACACGACUUCGACCUAGUGUGCCGAGCACACAUGGUUGUGGAAGAUGGGUAUGAGUUUUACCAGGAUCGGAUUCUGGUGACCGUAUUUUCAGCGCCAAACUAUUGUGGCGAAUUUGACAACUGGGGUGCGAUCAUGUCUGUCUCGGGCGAACUGCUCUGUAGUUUCGAGCUCUUGAAACCGCUGGACUCGGUCGCGCUCAAGAACCACAUCAAGAAGGGCCGAAAAGAGCGAAACAGCUUGAUGAACAGCCCUCCCGCACUUCCUUCGGCUCAAAGCUACUAA